AUGGAAACAGAAAGAUCCAACCCCACCGCUUCGCAAACGCAGUAUGUACCAAUUACUCUUGAAGAAGAAAUAUUUGGAUCUCAAUAUACGGACACGCUUAAUUCACCGGAUGAUGGUAAUACCGCCAAAGCCACUGGAUCGACAACCCCGCAAACGCCUCCUGAAACAUGCUCUUUAUGCAAUAAUUCUGUUCCAUUAUACAAACCCAAUGGAGCCAACUUGGAACCGAUUGCGAAAUUAACAUGUGUUCAUACCUUCCAUCUUAAAUGCAUUGUCAACUCCCUAAAGGAAAACCCGGAUUUGGAAAAGUUUCUCAAAGAAUUAUCCCUUUGGCCAAUAGUAUUUACUCAAUUACCUGAUCCAGAAAAUGAGAAGGUAGAGAAUUCCUCAACUCCACAAAUGGAUUUCCCUAAACUACACGACAAAAUCCUUAAAGGUGAGAAGAAUCUCGAAAAACAAACACGUGAGAUGACCCACACAAAAUAUGAAAUUCUUGACUCAUAUUACCUUCUUGGAAAAGCAUUGGAGGAUAAGUCGGCAGAGUUAAAGUCUAAAAAUCCACUCCGUUCUGCCCAGAUUAUGCUUAAUAAGGAAAUUAGACGUCAGUUUCCAUCCGAUACUACUCGUAAUAUCUUUAAUAAGAAAAAACGCUCAGCUCUAAAUAUUUACAGGAUUUUUAGUAGUGAAGAUAUAGGCAGAGAUAAGAUACAACGAAUUAGAUCCUUCACCCCUUCAUCCAUUGGAAAACUUACUGAUAAUGAAAUUAAAAUUAUUAAAGAAAGGAGUAAAAAGGUUCCCACAUCGCAUAGUGAAAAACAGACAAAUGAGGAAGAGCCAUUAGACAGUCUUUGUGGUGCGUCCGCAGUUUACCUGGCAAUAGAAAACAACCUUUUACCCCCUUUCGAGUAUGUAAGAGGAGUGAUAGACCGUGCAGUAAAUUCGUCAUUGUUGAAGAUAGAAAGCAAUGAACGAAAAACAAAAGUAUUGGAAGUGUUAUCCCAGGUUGAGAGUGGAUAUAUUAGCGUUCGAGGUCUUAAAGCACUCAAGGCGUUGAAUAUAGAAAAGGAAUUGUACCCAGAUCGUUCUCGAGAAGAAAUAGACAAGAAUAUUGAUAAAUUAAAAUAUAAACUUGAGGCAAGUAUAAAAUAUCUUUAUGGCUCGCUUAGACAAACUCUCGAGAAUGUGGAUGUAUCGAAUCUUACGUGGCGUGAUCCCGAAGCGAGUAUGGUUAUUAGCGACAACUCAUUCAUGGUAAAAAAUCUAGGACGUAGACAGAAGGGUACUUUUUUGGAACCACGAGAAAAUAUGAAAUGUGAUAUACCCGAUUCAGUUACGACGAAGUGUAAUGAAUUUAUAAGUAAUUUUAAUAAUUCGAAUACUUCAUGGGUUAUGAGGAAUACUUCCCAUGAUAAAAUGUGGAAAGAGGAUGAAAAUACGAUAAUAAAAAUAACCGAACGCAUUCUUGGAACACUGUUAAGUAAUUUCCUGAAAAAUGAUAUACGUUUUCACAUGUUACUAGUACACUUUUAUCUAACCACGUCAUGUCGGUGUAUUCUAUGCAUUAGUGGCGAGAUAUGGAAAAAUCCCGCGUUUAUGACUAGUACAUCUCGCAGUGAACAAAGUGAAGGUACUUAUAUCACAGACGUUAUAAUUCCUUUGCUUCGAUCGAGUUUGGGAGACGAUAUUGUUUGUUUAAGUACGGCAGAACGACAGAGUCUAGCAAGUAAAGCUAGACGAAAUAUAAGAGUAGAUGAAGAGCGAAUGGGAAAGAAGCCUGAUAUCAUGGGAUUUUUGAAACGGGAUGAAAAGAUUUUAGAGUUGAUGUACGUCGAGUCUUCACGUAUCAUCUGUACUAAUUCGAAAAAAGUAGAUGACGGCGUAAAAUUAUGGAGAGAGACAUUAGAUGGGAUGAGUUUUAUAGAUGCAUCAUGUAGACUAGUCAGAAACCAAUUUGGGAUCGUAGGGCUCCAGAUUGCCGGUACGGACUUGCGUCUCAAUGUUCUAGUAAAGGACUUGGGUG